GCUGCUGACAGCGGUUCCCGGGUCCCCCCCCCCCACCCCCCCCACCCCCGCCCUGCCGCCGUCGGUGCUUCACGUACAUGUGUCUCUCCAGGCCGGCUCGAGGCGCCCAGCAGAGCAUCCACCACGGCCGCCGGGGAGAGACCGCCCACCAUGCCCACCGAGACGCUGCAGCCAGGUAGCAUGGUGAAGCCGGUCAGCCCCGCGGGCACCUUCACCUCGGCCGUGCCCCUGCGCAUCCUCAACAAAGGGCCCGACUACUUCCGCAGGCAGGCCGAGCCCAACCCCAAGCGGCUGAGCGCCGUGGAGCGCCUGGAAGCCGACAAGGCCAAGUACGUCAAGAGCCAGGAGGUGAUCAACGCCAAGCAGGAGCCCGUGAAGCCCUCGUCGGUGCUGGCCAAGCCGCCCGUGGGCCCCGGGGGCGGCAAGCGCGCGCUGGGCAGCCCCACGCUCAGGGUGUUCGGGAACCACCACGCCAAGCCCGAGGGGGGCACGCAGCGCGAGACCCUCAAGCUGGAGAUCCUCAAGAACAUCCUCAACAGCUCCGAGGGCUCCAGCGCGGGCUCGGGCCACAAACACGCCUCCCGCAACUGGCCCCCGCACCGAUCGGACGCCUCGGACCUGCACCGCCACUCCUUCGCCGAGUCCCUGAAGGUGUACCCCACGCCCGGCCGGGGCAGCCCCCAGGAAAGCAGCUCCCACGUGAGCAGGAGGCGGCUGCUGGAGCCCUCGGCCGAGUCCUUCCUGCACGUGUCGCACAGCUCCUCGGACAUCCGCAGGGUGACCAGCAGCGCCAAGCCCCUCAGAGCCAUCCCCUGCAGCAGCUCCGCCCCGCCCCUGCCCCCCAAGCCCCAGGUCGCCGCCCCCCUCCCGUCCCCCGAAGCCGACCACCCCCCGGUGGAGCCGGCCUGCGGGGUCAGCCGGAGGCCCUCCCUCCAGCGGUCCAAGUCGGACUUGAGUGACAGGUACUUCCGAGUGGAUGCCGACGUGGAGAGGUUUUUCAACUACUGUGGACUGGACCCCGAAGAACUGGAGAACCUGGGCAUGGAGAACUUCGCCCGGGCCAACUCCGACAUCAUCUCCCUCAACUUCCGCAGCGCCAGCAUGAUCAGCUCAGACUGUGAACAGUCUCAGGACAGCAACAGUGACCUUAGGAACGAUGACAGUGCCAACGACCGCGUGCCCUACGGCAUCUCCGCCAUCGAGAGGAACGCUAGGAUCAUCAAGUGGUUGUAUAGCAUCAAACAAGCUAGAGAGUCACAGAAGGUGUCCCACGUGUAAGACAGGACGCCCGGCUGGGAAGGACUGGCGGGGAGGGGCGGGUCUGUCUGUGCAUAUGCAGUCGUGAGGGUUGUGAGGUCUCCUUUGAAGUGUUGUGAACUGCCCACCCUUUUGUGUUGCUCCGUUGUGCAAUGUUUUCCGGUUGCAUGCCUCCUGUCAACAUGGCGACUAGCCUGGCUUCCCCUUCACACCUCCGCAGAGCCUGGCUGACCACUGCUCACCUCCCAAAAGUGUCAGGCCAGAUUCGAAAUUCGGGCUUUGGCUCUUAGGCAAAACUGUUUGUUUACAAGGGGGCGCGGGUGGGGGGGGGGGGGAAUGGUAUACGAUUUCUUCAAUAUUUAUGUGGUUCUUUUGUGUUUUUAUACCCCUCGCUCUUGUGUCUUAACUAAAAAAGUUGUAUCAACUGGUCUUCAAGUUGAGAGCAGAAUCUUUUCGAAAUAAAAAGCCACUUUGCCUACAUGUGAGACCCUUAAAAGGGGGGGAAACAACUAGGAUUUGCCACCAAAUGAAUAGUAACUGCCCGAUAUAGAACCAAGCUGGGUUUUCUGUGAAUAAAGUUGUGAGCCUGACAUUAGUUGUUUUCAUGUUGAAAUCUUCUUGCCACUUCCUAGAGACUCAUUGGGACCACAGUACUAAGUCCUGUGUCCGAUUCAGUGUGUAUAUGUUGCUGUUUCUGUGUAAUACCCCAAUUAAAGAAAGACAAUCAAAAACAACCAAGGUUUAUUAAAUCUAGGAGUUUGGAUAUUUUGGAAUUUUGUUGCUGUUCAGAUUGGAAUAAUUCAAAAGUUCCUAGCAUCAAUCUUUCUAACUUGAAUGGCCUGCCCUAUUGUGGAUUCUGAAUGCCUUUAAAAAACAGAAAAAAGAAAAAAGCUGUGUUUAGUUUGGAGAGGUUUUUUGUUGUUGUUCCUUUGUUUUUGCUGUUAUGUUUUUAGGCAAGAACUAGUUUGUGUCAUUUCUUUUCCUCACUCCCUUUGUAGUUGUUCUAUUUGGGGGACUGGAGUGGGACUUGCAUAGGUUUGAGCUAUCUGAAGUCAUGAACAAAAAUGGAAAUACCAGCCAUAUCAGUAUAGAGCCUCCCAUUCAAAAAUGAAUCAUCUCUGAGCAGUGUAAUUCGGUUGUCUUGCAUAUGUUGUUCUCUCAGGCUGUGGGCAUUUGUUAAAGCUCGAGGAAAUUGUAGAAACACUGUAGUUUUUCCACUCUGUAGUCUCUAAGCUGCCUAUCACCUUUGUCUUUGCCCCGCCCCUCCCCUACCUGUUCCUCCAGGUGAUUGGUCAGCUGUCAGCCAGCUGAUCCUAGGGCAUUGCACAGGGGUCUGCUUCAUUGUUUUCAUGCUCAGAAGUUCCCAGCAGCAGCACCUUAGUCUUCAUCAGCUAAUACGAAACUUUUUAUGGUGUAAAUGCAUAAGACUUUGUACAUACUUGCGUUGUUAUGGAAUCUUUAAGAAAAAAGAAAACAAGAAAAAGUUAUGCUAAUAAAGAUCUCUGGUGCAGGUU